UGGGCCCUCACUCGUACAUCGUAGUAGGCGUGUCCUGGGAAUCCGUACGCGGACUGAGAAACCACUUCGUUGCCGCUCUGACGAAGGGAGAAAACCAAAAACCACUCACUUACCCGUCCCCUCCUCGACGCUUGUGAGCCAAAAUUAACUCACCAAUCCAGUUGCUUCUCUCUCUUCCCUUCUCCUGUUCCACACUACAAAUACCGAAUGAAGGGGCAGAGGAAGGCAGCCGCAAGCCCCAAUAUGGCCUUGAAUGGUGCCUUGGAGGAUGGUAGCAACAUGGUGGAGGUUUUUGUUCAAGGAGGGAACGCCGCUGAUGACGAGCAGCGAGAUGGGGUUGAUGAGAAUGGGGAGAAUCAAAAGGAAAUUGAAGAAGGAGAGGAAGAUGAAGGGGAUGAUAAUGAGAAUGAGAAUGAAGAUGAGGACGAGGAAGAGGAAGAGGAAGAGAGGAGAGAAGAAGAACGGCCAAAGCUUGAUGAGGGUUUCUUCGAAAUCGAAGCUAUUCGUCGCAAACGGAUCCGAAAGGGUCAGCUUCAGUAUCUCAUAAAAUGGCGAGGCUGGCCAGAAACGGCAAACACUUGGGAGCCCUUAGAGAAUCUGCAGUCAUGUUCUGAUGUCAUUGAUGCAUUUGAGGAGAGCUUACAAUCUGGUAAAUCUUCACGAAAGAGGAAACGAAAGUAUGGAGGUCCUCAUAAUCAGACCAAGAAGAAGCUGUCACGUUCCUCUGCUGGUUAUAACAUUACAGGAUUCGAAGUAAAUGUUGUUGAUAAAUCCUUAUCCUCUGCUCCUCUGAAUAACUCAAGCCUUGCUGAUCCACCUGUCGGUUCAGGUCAUAAAGGACAGAACAAUGAAGAUGUUAACAAUGACAGAACAGUGAAGAAAGCUGAUGAGAAUGGUUGCACCAAUAGUUCAAAAGAAGCUUUUGACAUGAAAGAGGAUAAUGAAUAUGAUCCAAAGCUUAGUGAGCUCAGGGGAACAAUGUCUACCAAUGAUGUGAAUGCAGAUAAGCUAGCAAUACAAUUCCAAGAAGGCAAUGCUUCAAGGGGUGGCGGCCCCACAAAUGGACUUCCCAAGGUUGAUUAUGGAGAUUCUAUUCAGGAUAGUCGGCGUACAGGUGCUAAGAGAAGGAAGUCUGGUUCAGUGAAGAGGUUUAAGAAGGACUUGGACAUGUGUGAAUCGCUUUGCUUACAAAGUUCUCCAUUUUUCUUACAAUCUUCACCAUUGAAUAUCUCGGUUGGCUCUGUUGGGGCAACUGCACAACUAGGAAUUGAAAACGGGACUUUUGUAGGGAAUAAUUCUAGUUAUAAUCCAGUGGGUGUGAAUUCUACAACUAUCACCAAGAUCCUCAAGCCAAUAGGCUUCACAGCUUCUGUGAUGGACAAUGUUCAGGAUGUGCUGGUAAAUUUUGUGGCAUUGAGGUCUGAUGGAAAAGAAGUCGUAGUAGAUAACACGUUUCUCAAGGCUAAUAAUCCACUUCUGUUGAUUGACUUCUAUGAGCAACAUCUCAAGUACAGUACAUGAUCCUGUGGAGAUUUAGAAGGGAAUUUAGCAUAUGCCGAUCAUCAUCGUUUCUUUUUGUAUCUGUGUACAGUUGUAAUUUUAUAGUAGGAUGAGAUAGUUCAGGAUGAUUAGUUCUUAGUCCGUGAUUUAGAACUAUCUAUAGGUGAUCUGUAUCUCACCUUGUACUUUUUGUAUGAUUAGAUAUUUUGUAGUUUAUCUACCCCCAAAUUCUUGUCAAAGUUUUAACAUGCAGAUAAUUAGAACCUGCUGUGAACUUAUAUUCUGUCAUUUCCAAUGAAUAUCAUCUUUAUGUCAA